AGGGAAAUGCUCAAUCUAUUAGAGAACUAGUUAGCAACUGCAGCACCUCAGCCACUGAUCAAGAGCAAUAAUUCCCCUUGUUAGGAAACAAUAGGUCACAGCAACUAGAAAUUUGCAAAUUAUUUCUGUAUUGAAGGACCGAUCAUGAAAGCCUUGCAAAAGCAACUUCGUUUCAGUGCUCCUCAUUAUGCAUUGCAUAUUAUAAUGCUCCUCAUUGGAAGAUAGGGAAGAUCGAAGUGAAGGCGGAGGAUAGGGAAGAGCUCGAAGAAGCCCUCCGCCAAGUCUCCCUCAAACACCCCCGGGGCGGCCAAAACCCUAACCCUAACCCUAACCCUGAUCCCCUCCACAAGUACCUCGAUCCCAACCACGCCUCCAAAGCCCAGCGGAUCGGCCUCCUGAAACCCUAGCCCGAUGGAGGUCGAGGUCAAGCUCCGCCUCCCCGACGCCGCCGCCCACCAGCGGCUCUCCGACGCCCUCGAACCCCACCACCUCCGCACCUACCUCCAGGAGAACCUCUUCUUCGACGGCGCCGCCGGCCAGCUCUCCGCCCGCCUCGCCGUCCUCCGCCUCCGUUUCUACGACGGCGACUCCCGCUGCGUCCUCUCCCUCAAGGCCCGUGCCCGCAUCGCCGGCGGCGUCAGCCGCGUCGAGGAGGACGAGGAGGAGAUCGACCCCUCCCUGGGCCGCGUCUGCGCCGCCGAGCCCUGGCGCCUCGCGGCCAUGGCCGGCUCGUCCCGGAUCAUGGGAAGGAUCAGGGACGAGUUCGGUUUGAGCGGUGAAGCGGGAGUAGAAUCGGAGGAAAGGAGCUCUUUUGUUUGCUUGGGGGGGUUCCGGAAUGUCAGGGCGGUGUAUGGGUGGAAGGAGGGGCUGAAGCUGGAGCUCGACGAGACCCGGUACGACUUCGGCACGAGCUACGAGGUGGAGUGCGAGACCGCCGACCCGGAGAGGGCCAGGGAGUUGCUGGAAGGCUUCUUGAAGGCGAAUGCGGUUCCUUACUCCUACACGGAGUCAUCCAAGUUUGCAGUUUUCCGGGCAGGGAAACUGUUACCAUAGAGUCUGCCAUGAGCAAACAACAUGAGAAUCUGUAUCCAGCUUUCAUGGCCUGAUGCUAUUAACCAUAUGGUUGAUGGUAAUUAGUACAGUGUUGUCACUCAAGGAUGAGCAGAUCGCGGGAGCAUGCAUUGGAAUUACGUGGAAAUGCUGCAGUUUACAUUGUCAAUCAUGCUUAAUUUGUACUGUGUAAGUUUUCUGGGAAUACCUUGUCCAAAUAAUGCAGUCCUUGCUUGUUCCUUUUGCCUCU